UCGUUACCACCAUUCUGGUACUGUUACCGGGCGCCUCAGCACCAAGUAAACAUAAACAAUUUUCAAUCCACCGCGAGAUGCAUCCGCGUCAAUAAACGAAAAAAAAAAGUUAAACAUGGUGCAGUUUCGGUGAUGGUAGAUGGUAUGUGGAUGGGUUAAAAUGUGCGAUGCGUGCGAUUUUCCUGCUGUAUCUGGUUUGGUGCGGCGUCGCGACGUUAUGCGCCGCCAUGAGGACGUCGCCGAUGGAUGGAUGGAGCAGGAAGACAUCACGAGAUGACGGCGACGACUUGAACGCGCUCAGGAAAGGUGUCAGUGUUACAGGAAGGGUUUUUGUCACGAUGUUUGGGUAUCCUUCGAGAUGUGAGAGUAAAGGAUCGUCCCAUUCUUGUACAUUAUCCUUUGCCUGUUGGCUAGUCGGUGGCUCGAGUCAGUCAGGAUGCGGCGCUAGUCCUUGGAUAGUGGCCUGUUGUGUCACGUCCAAAAAACCACAUGGCCACUUAAAGAAUAACCCCAUCUCAGGAAACAACGAAUUAGAAAUCAAAGGACCACCUCAACAACAACUCGAAUUAAGAGAGGAAGUUCCAGUUCCAGUGAUACAGAAAAGAAUUGAUGAUGUUGAUGAAGAAUGUGGUAUAUCGUCAGACAGGGUGUUUAGUAAAAGGAUUAUAGGUGGGAAAGAAGCGGCUUUUGGGCAGUAUCCAUGGCAAGCAUUUAUCAAAUUAGGAAAAUUUCAAUGUGGAGGUGUUUUAGUUUCUAGAAAAUACGUUGCUACUGCUGCUCAUUGUAUAAUAACUUCAAGACUUCGUGAUAUUUUAGUUUACUUAGGCGAAUUAGAUACUCAAGAUACGGGAAAAGUGGAAGAACUGGCACCUGCUGAAUUACAUAGGGUCAAGAAAAGAAUUGUUCAUCCGAAUUUUAGAUAUCGUCUUACUCAACCAGAUAGAUACGAUAUUGCGCUACUGGAGUUAGUGACGGAAGCUGGGCACACCUUUCAUAUUUCACCGAUAUGUUUGCCGGAUGAGGAUAUGAAAUUGAUUGGAAGGAAAGCGGUAGUUGCUGGUUGGGGAAAAAUACAGCCCUCGAACGAGUUGCUGGGGACAAAUGUCCUUAGGAGUGCUACAGUUCCAAUAUUGGACAUCAGGGAGUGCAUGGCCUGGCACAAGAUUAAGCAAAUAUCGGUCGAGUUGCACGAGGAGAUGCUGUGCGCCGGCCACGAGAACGGCCAACAGGACGCGUGUCUGGGGGAUUCCGGCGGACCGUUGAUCAUCCUGGAGGCAGGUCGUUGGGUCCUUGCGGGAAUUACCAGUGCCGGUUUCGGAUGCGGAGAGCCCCACCAACCCGGAAUUUACCAUAGGGUACCCGUCACUACUAAGUGGAUCCGAUCCGUUAUUAAACGAGUGUCUUAGACAAAUGUGUAAGCAAUUUUAAAUGGCAGCAUUUAUUUUAACUUAUUCUUAUACCUAUAAAACUAACAGUAGGCUUUUACAUUAUGUGUUUCAUAUCGUUUGCUAUAGAUGAAUGAAUCGGUUAGGUAAAUUUGUUCCUAGUAGAAACAAUGCUGAGUGAUAUUUUAUUAUGUUCUCAUGUAUAUCUGAUAGUAAAAAUAGCUUUAAUAAUUUAUUUUUAAAUAAAUAAACACUGUUAUUUAUA